UUUUCUUAAUUCCCAAAACGUUGGCAACUCCAAUACCUAGGUUCAACACGUGCAGUGAUCAAAUUUAUUUAAAACCAUGGGAAAACCGAAGAAAGCCAAUGUGGCGACGGUUAAGAAUGUUAACCUGGAGAAGCAGAUCACCGAUGGCAAGGUGGCCAAGGCAAAGAACAAGGACAAAGUGAAGCUGAGGGCAGAGGAGUCGCCGAACAUUGAUGCCCGGAGCAGCCAGAAAAUCUUGGCUGCGGCCAAGCAGCAGCAACUUGAGCUGGACGAGGAGAAUUUCCCCAGCCUGGUGACCGUUAAAAAGGUCAACUUUAACUUGAAUGAUCCCACUGCCGACAAAGAGGAUGAGGAGGUUAACGAGACAGACUUCAUGGCGGAUCUGGACAUGGACGAUGAGGAUGUGGCCGCCUUUGAGCGAUUCCAGAAGCCUGCCCAGGAGGGCAAGCGCACGCUCCAUCUCUCCAAGAUAAUCAUGCAAAAGAUCCAGGAGAAGGAGGCCGACAUACACACAAAGAUCUCCGACGAGGGCUCGCUGAAGAUCGAGGAGAUCGAUCCCAAGGUCAAGGAGAUGUACGAGGGCGUGCGCGAUGUACUGAAGCGCUACCGCAGCGGCAAGAUUCCAAAGGCUUUCAAGAUCAUACCAAAGCUGCGCAACUGGGAGCAGAUCCUCUUCAUCACAGAGCCCCAUAACUGGAGCGCCGCCGCCAUGUUCCAGGGCACUCGCAUUUUCUGUUCGGUGCUAUCGCAGGCUAUGGCCCAGCGAUUCUACAACCUGGUGCUGUUGCCUCGCGUCCGCGACGAUCUCUGCGAGUACAAGAAGCUCAAUAUGCAUCUCUAUAAUGCACUGAAGCGUGCCCUCUUCAAGCCGGCCGCCUUCAUGAAGGGCAUCAUUCUGCCGCUCCUGGAGGGCGGUGACUGCACGCUCCGCGAAGCCAUUAUCUUUGGCAGCGUGGUGGCCCGCAGCUCUAUUCCCGUCCUGCACUCCUCCGCCUGCCUGCUGAAGAUCUGUGAGAUGAGCUACUCCGGCGCCAACUCGAUAUUCAUACGCUACUUCCUGGACAAGCGCUAUGCCCUGCCCUACCGUGUCGUGGAUGCGGCAGUCUUUCACUUCCUCAGAUUCGAGAACGACAAACGGGAGCUGCCAGUGCUAUGGCAUCAGAGCCUUCUCACGUUCGCCCAGCGCUACAAGAACGAUAUAUCCUCUGAGCAGCGGGAUGCUCUGCUCCAGCUUCUCAAGAAGAAGACACACUUCAAGAUCACACCCGAUGUCCGGCGAGAGCUUCAGGCGGCCACCUGUCGGGAUGUGGAGAUGAUGGAGACCGAUAACGGGUUGGCGGGCCAGCCCACAAAGAUGUACACCGACGCGGAUGUGGAGUACGAGGGCUAGGGCCGCCCAACUAGAAUAGGUUAUGAUAAUGUUUUAUUUUUUAAACCCACGCUUUAGUCUAUAUAUGUGAAUAUGUAUAUACAAAUAUACCUUUUUUCAAAAUCACGUA